AUGGUAGAAAGUGGAUAUCCAGAAUUUUUAGAGCAAUUAAAAGAUCGUAUUAAGGGUUGUAUUGCUAAUAUUCAAAAUAGAGAAGUAGUAGAUCUGUCACACUGGGACCAAAGUGUAGAUUUUAAGUUAGCAAAAGAAGACGGGAUAUUGGGAGUUAUCCAUAAAGCAACGCAAGGACUAGAGUAUGUGGAUCCUAAAUAUGCAGAAAGAAGAAAAGUCGCUGAAGAAGAAGGGCAUCUCUGGGGUGCGUAUCAUUUUGGAGUGGGAGAAAACGGAAAAGGCCAAGCUGAGCAUUUUUUAGAAACGGUUGGAGAUAACUCUCAAGUAUUGCUAGCCCUUGAUAUUGAAGAAAACCGAAAUGGAAAAAACAUAACGCCAGAACAAGCGGAAGAUUUUGUUGCUAAAGUUCAUGAAGAAACAGGACGUUUUCCAUUGAUCUAUGGAAGUGCGUAUUUUCUCAAGGAUUUUGCAACGCCAACUUUAACUGAAUGUCCACUGUAG